GCCAUACAUUCAAAAUUAGACGUUACAGGCGCGUAUUUCAGUUCUUCAAUGUAUUGUAUUGAUUUCUGAAUAUAUAUCCCAAUGAGUAACUAAGAAUACUACCAAUAUUUGGCUUGAAAAUAAAAUGCACAUAAAGAGGAAACUAAGACGCUACAUAAGCAAUAUCAUUAGCUUCACUAACUCUCGUACUAGAAAUGCUCUACGUGAUCGAUCAGCAGAUUUUUAUGUUAAUGAAGUUACAGAAGAGUUAGUCGAUCUCAUGCGUAAAGUUUGGUUACCGAUUAUUGGUCCAGAUUAUGAUAUUAUAGUUUUACAUGUACACAAGCCUCGGGGAGUUACAAAUUUAGGUAUGAGUUUAGAAGGUAUAACUUAUGUAUCGGAGCCAGCUUUCGACAAUACUUCUAAUAAUUGUAAUCAAUCUCAAACAACAGCUACAAGUAAUGGUCAUUUGAAAGCUAUGUCUACUCCAGUGAGUCAUCAUGUGAUGUCGAAUGGUUUAGACCAAAAAAAUGAACAAAAUAAACCAUCACGUCAUUUUGUGCAAUAUAUUGUUCCAGAGGGAUUAAUUGGUAGUUUAGGUGUUGUACAAACAGGUGAUGAACUACUUCAGGCGAAUGGUCAUCGUAUUCAUGGGACAUCUUAUACAAGUACUCUUCGGUAUUUACGCAGUUUACCGUCAAGAAUUCAGUUAGUACUUGGACGUAAAAAGCCUACUUGUACACACGAGGAUGAAAAUAAUGCUGGUUUAAACUUUUCUGCAGACAGUAAUCCAUUGAUAGACUGUACAGAUGAACCGCCUCUUGAAGUUGUCGCUAGUGAAAUAGGUUCUGUUGAUACUGUUCCAUCGAUAAGAAUGAUCAGUUCAUACGAUGUGCCUGAUCGUGCUGUUGCUUAUUCCGGACCAGUAUCACCGAUGUCAGCGCAUAGACGUGUUACUGAGUGGAUAAGGAAAUCUCAAGGUGACUUGAGUAACACAGCUCCUCAUCUAUCUUCACCUGAAUCUGUAUCCAUGUAUGAACAGAAUAAUACCUCCAGAUCAGAAAAAGCUUCAUCAUAUAAUCUUGAACCUCUAAAUUCUCAUACAUAUGAUCCACGGCGUAACUAUGUGAAUGUAAAUCCUACUGAUGGUGUACCAUUUCCAAUGAAUGCAUCAACAAUGGAUAACACUCGUAAAUAUUCUUUACCAAAUACGCUUAGCUCAAGAAAACUACAACAGAUGAAAUCAAAUACUCUAGGGCGUUUACCAACAUCAAAUACUAGUCGGAGAUUCACUGAACCAGGACCUGUUGUACAACAAUACAAUCAACGUCGAUACCAAACUCUACCUCAUAAUCGUCGUCUGCACCGAAUAGAUCCGCGUUAUGGUUUUAAACGACCUUCUUGGUCUUCAGUGCCUUUGGUUAUUCAGCUGAAUAAAUCGUCUCAAGGAUUUGGAUUCAGUAUAGCGGAAUAUGAGGAAUUACCUGUAACCGAUUUGGAGGGUAAGACAUCAUCUCGUAAAGCAUAUACCUUGGAUCGUAAAAACACCUCAAGUACACUGGAUUCAGAUCGUCAUUCAUUCCGAUCUUAUCGUUCAAGUGUGACAUCAUCGCCAAAUAGAAAUUAUAAAUCUUCCAGCAACCUGAAAAGACGUUCAACAUGGUCUAGUCGAUCUAAAAAAACACAUGGUAUUUUAUUGAUUGAUAGUCUAACCCCAGGAGGUGUAGCUCAGUUAGACGGACGUAUAUCAAUUGGUGAUCGUUUACUAUUUGUAAAUGAUAGAAAUCUUAUGAAAUCGAGUGUACGCGAAGCGGCUAACACACUAAAAUCAUUGCCUAACGGACCAUGUUUAAUUGGUAUUGCUAAAAUGCAACUGGAGCCUAAUGAAACAGAUGUCCCGCUACAAGAACCACCCUAUCAAUUGCAAUCUACUACUGGUGUGUUUAGACCAUCUGUAAUCGGUGUAUUCUCGGAUGUUAAUGAAGUAAAAAAAUCUAAUUCUUGCUCAAAUUUCGCUUAUCCAUUGCGUGUGAAUACGGGUAAUGCCAAUGAUGAUAAUAGCACCGUUGUGUCUCUGCAUGGUAUACACCCGUUAUUGCCUUAUCUAGACUUUAGUGCCGAAAAUAAGCGUAGUUUUUUCAGUUUAGCUGUCCAUUCAUAUCCUUGCUUACACACACCUCUACAUUUGUAUACAGCUAAAUUGAAUGAUGAUAGAAUUAUUUUCAGUGAUACAACAGUGUGCAGAAAUACACAUCCGAGGUCACCAGGACACAAAUUGCAACGAGAAGAAGAACCUCUACAAGGAUAUUCUCGACCUCGAUCACCGACACCAAAUCAUAUGGAUGCUUCUUCUUCUUCUUCACUAACAAGUGAUAACCUUCCAGGUCUACACUACAAGUGUAAAAGUUACAGCUGUGUUGAAGAAUUGAAUAAUUCUUUACUGAUGAAUAGUAUUCAACAUCACGAUCACCAACAUCCAGGCUGUAGCAAUUUGUCUGAGCGUAAACAACAAUGUUUUUUUUCACCUGUUGACAAAUCCUCACUAAAUAACACUGUCAGUCAAUUAGCACUUCACUUUGUCCAUGAGAUUGUCAAUGAAGCAAUGAGACAUUUGCUAAAUGAAAUAUUCGAUCCGAAUGUACAACUGAAUUCUGAUGUUAGUCCGCACAUCCCGUUAGAGGGACCAGAACCGUCAGUAUCUCAACCCUUCUUUUCAUCAUCAUCAUCAUCAUCGUUAAUAGGGACAGGAACCACAGCCACUUGGACAACAACACAGUCAAUAAGUUCUGGUUUUGUUGCGUCUUGUUCAAAUGCUGCUAAUGAUAACAGGAUAUGUAGUGAUGGCGUUGUUCUUCAUAGUAGUAAUUCCGCUACUUCUAUAUCAUCUUUAAUUUCUAAAUGCAGUGAUCGCACAUCCGCUACUUCAACUACUACUACAACUACUACGAAUAACACUAAUACAAAUAAUAGCACACAGUAUUUAGCCUAUAAACUAGUAAGUCAGUCGAUAUUGAAGGCUUUAAAACUCUUAGAAGUGAAUACUAAUAAUAAUAGUGCAGUGUCAAUAUCUUCUGGAAUGCACCAAUCUGAAUGCCCACGUCACAGCAUUGAGAAUCAGGAAUCUGGUCUGUGUUCUUCUACUAUUACUAUCGCAGAUAGUUGUCGUAAUGACGGUGACAAAGAUGAUUCUAAUGAUGAUGACGUCGCCGCUACUGCCUCAUCCAACGAUGAGGAUGAUGUUGAAGAGGAUCUCAAUACAGAGUGUGAUUUAUCUACAAAUUCGACAAUAUCUUUAUCCUCUUAUAUUCAUCCAAAAGUGAUGUCUUCAUCUAUUGAAUCGGAUCGUGUUGAUUGUCAUCGUCAUAAUUACUCUAAAUUAACUGAACCACCUUUGCAUGUACAUAGCCAUUCAUCCACUGAACCUAUGGAAAAUGACAAGGCAUCCUUUACAAAUUCUUUCAAUGAAUUAUUUUAUUCAUCCACAGUAUCUUCUCUUCAUCGACGGCAAGAUGAUAACAGUUGUGAUGGAUUUCACCGAAACUUCCCAGUGAAUAAGAAUUAUGCCAAAGUUGGUAUCAAGGAUGGUUUCAAUGUUGUUACUGGUAUCGAAGACUUGGCUUUAGAUUUUUAUACAUUACCAUUGCUUUGUCCAAAUCCAGAACUGCAUGCUCCUGAUUUACAACAUGUUACUCCAGUCGAUCCAAGUUUAGAAGUAUCUAAGAGUUUGGAACGUGGAUCUUUACCUAUUGGCUUAAAACUGGAUGCUUUGGCCUGUCAAGGUCAAGAUGGUUGUCGGGUUUUACAGGUACUGGGUGGUGGUGCUGUUGCUCGUGACCAACUCCUAGUUACAAAUGAUUAUGUGACAAGUAUGAAUGGUCAUAGUAUGCGUCAUUUGGAUAAUUUAAAAGCCUUUGAAAUCUUACAUUCAUUAUCACAGAAUUCAACUAUAAUUGACAUAAAUUAUUUACCUGCUUCUGUUGUUGAAUCUCAUCGAAUUGAGUGUUUAUCUAAAGCAAUGAAUCCACUGAAUGAAAAAAGUUCUAUGCCAUAUUCGUCUAUCAUUCAACCUACGCAUUGGUCUGUUCCAAUUGAAAUUGUGCUUCAUCGAUCAGACAGUAGUCAAGCAUGGGGUCUAGUUGCAUCUGGGUCUGAAAUCUGUGCGAGUAGGAAUUACCUUCCACCAGGGAAUAUAGAUAAUCCGAGUAUUAUUUCAAAAAUUCUUCCCAAUAGUAUUGCGAAAAAUUGUAAACUUCUUAAUUGUGGUUUGUUAAUAUUACAAAUACAAGGCAAUGAUGUCGCUUCAAAAGGUCCAGUUUAUGUUAAUUCUUACCUACAACACCUUGCAAAUCAAUCGGAUCUACGUGAACUUCGAUUGGUUGUAUGUCAUUAUGAUGAUGACGGUGAUGAUAAUACUGAUAAUCGAGUUGAUCUCAAGAAUAAUUCCAACACAGAUCCAGUGGAUAAAAGUCAGUUACCAAAUGGUUUAGGUAUUACGGUUGCAUCUGUUAAAAUGUCCUCGGUACCACCAGGCGGUAGUGAUAACAAGCUUUUACAAAAAAAAAGUAGUACUGUUGUUCAAUCAGGUAUCUCACCAAGUUCUAGUGAUAUGGAGAAUCCUGAACCAUUGACUGAUAUGGAGUUACGUGAUGAAAUGAAUGUUUUAUCCCGAGAAAUACCAUCAUCAGAUCUUUAUAACUCAUCAUCAGAUUCACAGAACAACAACUAUUCACAUAGAACAAAUGAAUCAAGGCAAAGAAGUGGUAAUAUCAGUAAUAAUGAUAGUAAUAAUGGUAAUCAAUUUCCACUAUCUAAAGUCUCCUCGCCAAUUGUUAAAGAUGACGAUGAUCAAGUUCCAACAAAAUUACUGAAUGGUUGGUGGAAUAACUCACCUCCUGCUAUACCGCCGCGUCGAUCCUCAAUAACAACUAGACGACAGUCUUUUGGAAGUAUAAAAUCAGGCAUGGGUCAAAUAUUGAAUUAUGAUAAACAGUAUUCACGUAGUGAUCAGGAUAAGAUAUUGGUCAUGCGUAUACCGCUACCAUACUCUAAACUGAAUAUUAGUAAUAAAAAUAUUACUUAUAAUGAUGAUAUUGAUGGAACAUUCAAUCUGGGUAUACAUUUAAUCACUUGUCGGACUAGUGAAACUACUAUGGCUAAUUUCAUCUCAGAAUUUGAACCGAAUUCAAUUGUGGUGUAUCAUAAUAAUACUGCUGUUGAUGCUGAUAAUAGUCUUCAAAUUGGAGAUGAAAUUGUCCACGUGGAAGAUGUCAGUGUUUGUGAUAUGCAUCAGUCAACUGUACUACAAAUCAUCCAGUCGAAGAUUUGUCAUAUACUACACAUGGCCUCAGUGAAUGACUUUAGGAACAACAAUAAUAAUAACAAUGAUAUAGAUAAUAAUUAUAUAAAUAAUGCUGAUCCUUCCUCAGUUCUUUCUGAAAUAAAGCCUUUUGUCUCUUUGAUUAUUCGGCGGAAUCCAAUGAAUUUGUCGAUUAUGUCAACUAAUUCACAAAUGUCAUCUCCUUCAUCGCCUAUAAAGGUGAUAAGUAAAUUACCUGAAGAUUAUUCUCCAUCGAGUGAAAAUCACAUCAUUUCUAAUCCAACUUCAGAUAUACUCUCUUCAGCAUCAUCAGAUUUACUUCCAACAGGUUCCAAACCAAUCCCACAUUCAUUUUUAAAACAAAUUAUGCUUGAAUUGAAAGAAGACUUCAAUAAGCUUCAAUUAUUCGAUAUUAUUUUAGAGAGAAGCCCUGAUGGUUUUGGCAUUUUCAUUGUAAAUCUGGGUCCCAACAAUGAGUCUGGUGUAUUUGUUACUGAAAUUCGUCCAAAUAGUCCUGCCUUUCUGCAGGGUAUACUGAAACCUCACGAUCGCAUUCUAGCCAUUAAUGGUCACCUACAAUAUGAUUAUGAGAAAACACUUGAAUUAUUACAACAGUCUAGAAAGUCUGUUCGUUUGACAAUCGGUAGACAAAUAACUGACAAGCUAAUUAAUUCAACACUUGAUCCAACAAGAACUACUGACGAGUCAAUAAUCAAUACUUAUAAGUCCAGCGGUGGUGAUAAUAGGGAUAAUGAUGCAAAAAAGAAUGAACUGAAACAAGCUAAAUUGUCGAUUGUCCCUGGGAUUCCAGCUACGGUUACAUUGUUUAAAAAUGGUGGUGGUCUUGGCUUUUCAAUUGUCGGUGGAAGUGAUACAGUUCUGGGUAACAUCUUAAUACAUGAAAUACACACUAAUGGGGCUGCUGCUUAUGACGGUCGACUUCAAGUCGGUGAUCGUUUAUUAGCUGCCAAUGGGAUUGAUCUUCGUGAAGCUACUCAAAAAGAUGCGACAAAAAUUAUACGUGCAGCUGGUGAUUGUAUUCAGUUAUUGGUUUAUCGAGAUCCUGAACCACAAUAUUUAAAUCAAGGUGUAUUCGAGUGUCAUAAUGUUACAUUGAGACGUGAUAUGCCUGGACAAAGUUUCGGUUUAUCGUUAAUCGGUCGACCGCAUUAUUCAACUGGUACAGCGAUUGGUGGCAUUACUGAGAAUAGUCCUGCAGCUCGAUCGAAUUUACUGGAAGUUGGUGAUAUUAUCUUGGAAAUUAACGGUUGGGACAUGCGAUUAGCCAAAUCAGAUGAAGUUGUCAAUCUGUUGAAGAAUGCUCAAAGUGAAGUGAAAUUAUUGAUUGGACGGCAUAAAACUGCACCAUCUCGUCAUGGUUCAGAAUGCCAAUUUUCUGCAGCUUAUACAUCUCAUUAUUAGUUAUCACAAUUGUUAUAAAUAGAAAACAUAUGUAGGCGUCUUAGUAAUACUAUUUUCAGAAAUAACAGCACCAGUCGUUGAUGUAUAAAACAAACAGGCAAAGAAUGGAACACAUUCAACAUCACAGUACCUCCAAAAAUAUGUACUGAUGAAGGAAGCAGUGGAAAUAGACGUUUCAAGUGAUGGUGAAGAAGGCUUUAGUCUUGUUUAUUGACGGUGAAAUUAACAGCCAUCUCUCUGCCUCUUCCACUUACCGUCUUCACUUCGGAAAGCAUAUAAACAAACAUUUAGAUACACACAUAUGUACGCUCAAAGAAUGUUUGUUUGUAUGCUUUGGGUGUGUGCGUCAGAAAGUAUAGUACUCACUUCUUUUAAUAAUGAUACAUAUGCACAUGAUACAUACUGCUGUGUUACACAUAAUUCACUUGAUUCUCGUAUAAACGUUGAUUCUCCUCUCCUUUUUUUUCUCUACUCAAAAGUGUACGUGUAUCUAUUCCGUGUUCACUUCUCUGCUAAAACUCUGAUAAACAGUUGGUUGUAAAAGGAAUCAGCAGUAAUAGUAGUAGUAUUAGUCUAUGUUGUGGUUGAUAGUAUCAUACUUUCCAAGUAGGAUUUUCUCUCUUUCUCCAUGGCGUAUUUUAUCAUUGACAUAGGUUCCACAACUUAUGAUAAGGUAAUCUAGUUACUUAAUGUAUAUACUGUUGAACACUUUCUACUACACAACUUAUUACUAUUAUUAUCGUUAUGCAUGCGUGUAUGCAUGAAAUGCUACUGUGCAUUGUAUAGACGAACAGAAUCAGUCCGUACACAUGUACAUGCAUGCAUAUCUACAUCCAUACUGCUGAGUCAUUUUCCUUAUUUUGUAGAAAAACUGGUCAAAAAAAUUUUUUAUCUUCUGAAGUGUCUCUAAUUCCCUCAUUAUUCUGUGUGUUUAUGUUGUAGAUAAGCUAAGGCUUAAUACAUUACAUAUUUUCUGCUGAGCAUAGAUUUCAGAAAAAAAAAAAAUUUUACUCACCUGUUGGUUUGUUUCAUUGUCUCUAAACAUCUUUCAAGUUAAAUAAUAAAAAAUAAUAAUAAUAAUUUGCCUUGUCAGUUUUUUAAAAAAAGAAAUGGGAUUUGGUAAAUAGUCAGUCAGAAUAAUUUAAGACUGUUUUAUAGCAUGCUUUAGUAUAUAUGUAUAUAUAUAUAUCCCGUGUUCUAUUCGCAUUAUUACGUAAUUCAAUCGGAGUGGGGGAGAUGUUUCUGUUCCGUUUUCUAAAAUAAGUUUUAUUCCACUCAAAAUACUCUAGCCUAUCCAAGAAAUCGAUUACAUGUUUAUGUCGUUGUGUUGGAACGUCGUCAAUGUCAGUCAGAGGGUAUAAAUGCUCUAUGUGGAGCAGCAGCAGUCGGAGUGUUGCCAAUUCUUCCAUCAAAUGAUCAAGGAGCAGUUGCUGGCGUCACUGAUAAUGCCGUUGCUGAUGAUGAUGACGAUAUAGCUACGGCAGCAUUCGGUCUACGUGUACGUAAAGCGAAUCAGCAAGAAUUAUGGGAUUCGCAUAGUCGACUGAUUGUAGAGAGUAUACAACCAUGUAGUCCAGCUGAUCGCUCUGGCAUGAUUAUGCCUGGUGAUCGUCUACUAACAAUAGAUCGUGAACCAGUGGAUUGGUUAAAUCCAAGUGAAGUUGUUCAAUUAUUGUCUACUUUACCAUACUGUACAAUUGAAUUAGGCCGUCUACCGAAUACGAAUCCCCUGUCAAUUGUUAAAAAUCAUAAUCAUACACUUAAAAAGAAGAACACUACUACUAUUACUAGUGGGCCGAUGAAAACCGUUCAUCAUUACCAUCAUCUCUGUCACAGCAACUCCAUCAGUCAGAAGAGUAUGACAUUUGUCCACCAUAUCCACCUCCAUCAGAAGAAUUACCAGCCUUAUUCGGUGGCAUUAUGCCGUUUAUUGAACCGCCAGCUUUUAUACGUGAUAUGGAUACAGUACCGGAACAACAAGAUGAUGAAGAGGAGGAGAACAAGGAUAAACGAAGUAGGACUAAUCAACUUGGCUUUGAGAAGUUCACUGAAACAUUGAAUAAUAACAAUAAUAUAUCAAUAGAACAUGAAAAUCAGUUGAAAGAUACUAAUAAUAGAAUUACCACUACUGCUUAUCAGAAAGAACAGAUCGACAAGUCGAUUGACAACAACAGUAUAUCCGCUUUUCUGACUAAAGAUGAAAUUGACAAAGCCUUAGAAUUAACUGAAAGAUUUAAUGGGGGGUUUUAUGUUCGACAAAUCUGUCUACCCAUAGCCCCCGUGUUAACAAAUGAUGAUAAUGCCACAACUCAGAAUCGUUUAGGCCUACGAUUAAUUGAUGGUCCAGGUGUAAGUGGACCCGUGGUUGUACGCAUUGAACCUAACUCAUGUGCAUCUAGAACUGAUAUUCAAAUUGGUGAUCGUAUUCUCGGGUUAGAUGAUAAAUUAUUACUAUCUUUAGGUCAUGGAAAUAAUUGUUCAGCUGAUAAUAUUCUAAGUACUAUUGAAAAUGUGUGGAUUACACGUUCAGUGAAUAAUAGUAGUGUUGGAGGUAGUAACUAUGAUCAGAAUCCUUGUUGUUUAACAAUUAUCAGUAAUCGUAGUCUAACACCACCGACACCGUUACCAUCCCCGCCGACGCCUCCACCCGCAUUAUCAACAGUGACGACAUUUUAUUCUCUUGGUAGUAAUAGUAGUGGGUACACAAAGGAAGAUAAUACUGAACCACUGGUUGAAAAAAACCGCAUUAUGAUGCUGAAGAUGACAUCACCCCUGAAACAAGCAAAUCAAGAUGAAGAUGCAGGAGGCAAUGCACAACUUGUGAAUGGUAGUCAGCAAAUUGAUACUCCUAUUUCUAGUACUACUACUACUACUGACAAGAAUAAAAAUAUGAUAAAUUCUACAAAUCAUGUAAAUCGUAACAAUAAUAAUAAUAUGGCUAGUUCUUCUUCACCGUCUUGUGAUUCGUCAUCUAUGUUAUCUGAUUGUAUACAAUCGAAGAGGUUGAGUUUCAAUUAUGCUCAACACAACGGAAAACACCAUUCAAGCUUAAAUGAUGAAGUAUCAGAGCACUUUCUCCUCUCAGUACCUAAUGAUGGUGAUGAUGAUCAUGCAUCUUUUGAACCAAACGAUGAUGUAAUCUAUCAUCUGCCAAAUAAAGAUCCUUUUUCAGAUAAUACUGUUUGUCAUACUAUUAUCUCUGCGAAGUCUCCGACAUCCUUAGAAACGAUCUCAUCUCCGCUGUCGCCUAAUACGACAAUUUGAAGAUAAUAACAGAUAUCUAUUAGAUGAAGGGAGAUGAAAUAAAAUUUAUUCUACAAGAUCUCAUGGUGAACUGCAGAACAACUUUGCCUUGUUAAGAGUAGAUAACAAACCAAGUAUUACAACAUGAAUUCAACUGUGUGUUAUUACUUUAUUACUCAUUUAAACAUAGAAACUUAAUUUCUUAUUUAUGAUCAAUCUUUUUCUUUAUAACAUUGAAUAAAAUAUUUAAUAAUAACAAUGAGAAUAUAUCCUGUGAUAUUCAAUAUGAUGAAUUGCAUAGUGUUACACAUUUCUCCUCCAUUUUUUUAUUACACAACCCUCCACUCCAUCCCAGCCCGCCAAUACACACAUCAUAUAUAUAUGUAUAUUUUUUAUGAAUUCUAAUUUAGUUGUACUCACUCACUCAGUUGAUUGAUUCGGAUAUUUUAUGUACAUUUUUUCUUUCUAUAUUUUUCUUUCUCAUAUUUUUUGUAUCACUGAUAUUUCCACUUGUAAUCAGUCAGUAUUAUUGUUAUUAAUUCAUACAAUUUGAUUUCUUGGAUAAUAUAGAUAUGUCUGUGUGAAUCUGAAGAAGUCACUGAGAGAAAAGAAAAUCAUUCACUCAUCGUUUACUUUAAAUCAUCAAUGGUUUAUAUACAGGACAUAUAUAAAAAAUAUCUUUUUAUUUGAAUCAAUGGGAAGUUGUUCAUAUAUAUAUAUAUAUAUAUAUA